AUGGUGAAGGAACGAGAGCCUCCGCAGACCUCCCAGCCUCCAACGGGGAAGAAUGACAAACCCCAGAAUGGACAAUCCUCGCAACCAGGAUUUGGGCAACCAGCUUCUCUAGGCCCAUUGCAUCAGAGCAAGGGCAACCCGUUCAUCAUUCCAAAGGCCAACAAACCACGCCCAGAACAUCAUCAACCGCCAACCGCUACUCUAAAGAAUGGAAGCAGUGCGUCUUUCCUGGGUCAGGGAUAUACAGGGUUCGACCCCUUGCAACCUGUAAAACCAUCCGGCUAUAACAAUUUUAGACCGGGGCUAUUAGACAACGACAGCGCAUACAAGAUAGCUAGGCCGUCAAAUGUCAACAGAACGACGCAACCGGCUCCCAUCCCAUUAUUCGCUUCUCAAACAAAGCCAAAGAUGUCAAAAGCCUCAAGCAACCUGCAGAAUUUCAUCGACCUUACUGGCACAGCAAUAAACGGCCAACAUCAUGAAGAAGAAUUUUUGGGCACUAUGGACACGUAUAGCUAUGUUGAUGCAGCGAAGGCAACGGAGAAUAUCAAGGCUUUGUUGGAGGGCGCUUUUGAGGAUGAUGAUGAUAAACCUCGGACGAGACAGCGUCGAAAGAAAAUAGAGGACGAGGUCAAUGAGUUGGCUAGCAAGCUUCAGAAAGUUGAUGUUGGUGGGGACGCUGGAGAUGAGGAGGAAGAAGAAGAGGAGGAAGAAGAUGAUGGCACCGUUGAGGGAUUGAAGAUCAAACUUCUUCCUCAUCAACGGGAAGGCGUUGAAUGGAUGAGAGACAAGGAGUUUGGGGUGAAAAAGACACGAGGUGUAAUUCCUAAAGGUGGAAUUCUGGCUGACGAUAUGGGCCUGGGCAAAACUAUUCAGACAAUUGCACUGAUGCUUACGAACCCUCGUCACCCAAAGGAAAAGGAAACGCCUGCUGAGGACAAAGGGAAAAAGCAGAAGGAUAUACCGCCUGAAGUUGGGAAAGGGACUCUUGUUGUUGCACCUCUUGCUCUCAUUAAACAAUGGGAAUCUGAAAUCGGAAGCAAGGUUGAAGCUUCGCACCGGCUGCGUGUCUGCAUAUACCAUGGAACACAGCGAACCAAACAUGCAGAUACCCUAUCUCAAUUCGAUGUUGUGAUUACUACUUAUGGCACCCUUAGUUCUGAGCAUGCAGUCUCCGAAAAGAAACCUACAGGAUGUUUCGCCAACCAUUGGUACAGAGUCAUUCUUGAUGAAGCCCACACCAUCAAAAAUCGCAAUGCUAAAGCAACCCAGGCUGCCUGCGCACUGAAGUCUGAAUAUAGGUGGUGUCUCACUGGUACGCCGAUGCAGAAUAAUCUCGAUGAGCUACAGAGCUUGAUCAAUUUCCUUCGCAUAAAACCAUACAACGAUCUUGCUGCAUGGCGGGAACAGAUUACCAAACCACUAAACAAUGGGAGGGGCGGCUUAGCUAUCCGAAGAUUACAAGUCUACCUUAAAGCCUUUAUGAAGCGUCGAACGAAAGAUAUCUUAAAGUUAGAUGGCGCAUUAUGUCAGGGAAACGCUGGUAACAAAGGAGAAAACAACGAAUCAUCACCCGGAUUUAGAAUCACCAAUCGCGAGGUGCUGAAAAUCGAAGCGGAUUUUACCCCUGCGGAACGAGCGUUUUACAAACGUCUAGAACAGCGGACUGAUAAGACCCUGGAACGAAUGAUUGGCGAUGACAAUAUAAACUAUGCAAGUGCCCUGGUUCUCCUGCUUCGUCUCCGCCAGGCGUGCAACCAUCCCGAUCUUGUGAAGAGUGACCUUGCUCAGGACAAAGAUGUAUUGAUGAAUAAUUUUGGAGGCAACAGCCAGUCUAAAACACCUAAAGGGGAGGAAGAUGUCGAUAACAUCGCUAAUCUUAUGGGUGGGCUAAGCGUUGUGACUAAACUAUGUGACGUUUGCCAGGCAGAGCUGGGUUCUAAGGAAGCUAUUAGUGGUGCUAGCAGAUGCGCGGAAUGCGAGGCUGACCUACAGACUCAAGUCGUUAGCCCCCGCAAGAAAGGCGAUAAGAAAGCGAAGAAAAGGACGAAGGAUGAACAGCUCAAAGCGAAAAGGAAACAAGAAAAAUCCACGGAUCAAAAUUCAUCCACUGGGAUUUCUGAGGCCCGUCGAGCUCGAUUGCAGAAACAGCGGCUUAUUGUCGAUAGCGACGAUGAGGAUGAUGGCGGGGAAUGGCUUGUUCCAGCUCAUCAACGAGUUGAAAAUCUUGGGGAAGCUGGUGGGACUGACGACGAAAACGCUGAAGGUGGCGGAGAUUGGCUAGGUUCUGACGAUUCCGAAACUGACGAAGAUGAGGGCGAUGGGACCAGGAAGCUGUCAGACAAGGCAACGGAAGUUAUCAACCUCGAUUCCGACGAGGAUGAGGACGAGACUGAUGACGAUGAAAGUGAUGAUGAUCCAGAAACUCCAGAGCAUCUUGCUUCGACAAAGAUUAGAUAUCUUAUGAAGAUCCUAAAAGCAGAGUCUGGUGACUACAAAUUCAUCGUUUUCUCUUUCUUCACCUCCAUGCUGAACAAAAUCGAACCUUUCUUGAAGGAAUCACACAUUGGUUAUUUCGUCGAAGAACAAGCCAUUGACCGUGUCCAUCGCCUUAACCAAACCGUCGACGUGAAGAUAUACAAACUGACUAUAAAGAAUACCGUAGAAGAGCGUAUCGUCGGCCUUCAAGAGCGCAAACGCGAACUCGCCAACGCUACGAUUGAGGGCAAAGCCUCCGCGGCCAAACUCACCAUGAAGGACAUGAUGGCACUCUUCAGUCAUGAAGCUAGCAUGACAUACAAUGGCGAUGAGGAUAAGCUGGAUCUUACGGGAAGGACGAGAUUGCUGGAUUCGAGAGAUGACGACGACCGGCUGGAUUAUGGUAUGUCCACAUUUCAGCAAGGUCAAAGAGCGACUCCACCGGUUAUGCAAAGUAAGAAUGGGAAUCGGCGGCCCACACCUGAGAGCUCUGUUUAUGGACGGAGGUGGUGA